CAUGCAUCCACAGAUUCGGCUGGACAAGGUUAUAUAUUAUUAGCGCAGCUUCCUUUUUCCCCCUCCCCUACGCUCUUUGUCUCUCUGAUGGUUAUCAGAUACAGGAGGAGGAGACCACGUGCAAACCUGAACUUCAGCUGCAUUUCCCGCAAGCUGCAGCGCCACAUCACCCACCUCCAGGAACAGGAAUGGGAUGCUUACAUUUUGGGCUUUGUUGAAUUGCAUUAUGCAGCUUGAGAGUCAGGAAGUGGCAAAGCUGUACCAGACAGAGUUCAUCCGGAAUGCCCGAGCAGUGGGUGUCCUGUGGGCUGUGUGCACCCUUUGCUUUGCAGUGAUUGAAGUUGUCAUCCUCAUUCAGCCAUCGUGGGUGGCCACUGGAGAGCUCCAUUUCAGGCCAGAGCAGUUCAAAAGCCCAGAGCAGAUGCCACAGUCGGGCUACUUUGGUUUGUAUGAGAUCUGCAUAGAAACUGACUGGAUGGUACCAGAAUGCAAAGGUUCACUGGCCUCCCUCUCACCCAUCCCGGCCUUCAAGACCGCGGCCGUCUUCAUCUGUAUGUCACUUGUAAUGGUGUGGAUCAGCGUUGGCUGUCUGGUUCUUUUCCGAUUUUGUAAUUCAGCCACCAUCUACAAGGUCUGUGCGUGGCUGCAACUGUCAGCAGGGUUUUGCUUGGCUGUCGCAUGCCUGGUUUUCCCAGACAGCUUAGACACCCCCGAGGUACACACACUGUGUGGAAAUGGGGUUGGCAGCUUCUCCUUGGGCCGCUGUUCUGUGCACUGGGCCUUUGUCCUAGCCAUACUGGGAGUGCUGGAUGCCUUCAUACUAUCUACUCUGGCUUUUGUUUUGGGAAAUCGGCAAGAUGCUCUUCUUCCCCAGGACUUUAAUCCCCAUGCCAAAGAUUUGCCUGAAACCUAGAGGAGAUGCGGUUUUACCAAGAUUUCUAGAAAACAGAUUGGACACCGAUGAAAACAAAACAUCCUCAAUAACUCAGCCCCGUUCCCAGAUCUCAGCAGCACUGGGAGGAAAAAAAUCUCUACGCAUCCUACUUACAUAAUCUGAGCUGUUGUUAUGGCAACUGCUACUUGGCAACCUCCUCCUGCAGAACCGCGUCCCCAGAGUACCAAAGGAGGUUUGAUUCAUGCAGCAGGGAGUGAAUGAGUGAGCUCAGCCUCGGGAGCGCUAGGUGUUCAUUCUGUACCUUUCCCUGAAAGAAAAUGUUAAUAAUUCACGGUUAGUAGCAUAUUGUAUUGUCUUCAAAAGGUAACUGUGUUUUUUGUUUAAGGUUAAAAAAAAAUGAAACCUAGUGUGGCAGAGUAAGACGACAAAACUGCCACAAAGAGCUCCAGCUUGAUGAAGUGCUAUCAAAAGCAGGUGAUGAAAAUGACAGCCAGCAUCCAAAAUGCUGCCAAUAAUAAAUAAAUAAAAGAGAAAAGAGGUUUGAGGAAAACCUAUGCCUGUUGUGGUCAUGCCUUUAUUUGUAGUAGGUAGUCGGUGGCGAAAGAGUGUGCAUACCGUGA